AUAUUCUUCGUAUUCCCUGUGUGUCAGAUGUUUUGUGAAACGUCAAAUUUAUUAUAGAGUGAAAAUAUAUUUUUUUGUCGUCGUCAUGUUUAGGAAAUAAGAAAUCGGUUUGCUUAACUAAUUAAUAGAAGACCAACUUUGAAAACUUAUUCCUCGUCUAAUGCUGUAGCCCCCAGAUUGGCCAAUUAACAAAUAGGACCACAAUGGAAAUGGCAAAAAGUUUAUUUGGAAGAGAUCAUGAUGGUUAUGUCUCUUCCAAAGAACAUACGAAAAAGCUACAGACCCUCAAUUCGGAAGAUAGCAUUGGCGAAGAACUUAUUACAACAAUGGAGGAAUUGAGUGUGGUAGAUGGACUAAGACCCAAUCCGGGGGGUCCAUUUUCAGCCCUGACCCCCUCUAUGUGGCCACAGGAAAUUUUGGCAAAACCCGAGUCCGAUAACGGCAGUGGUCCCAAUGAUCAACCCGAUUAUAGAUUUGAUGAAUUUGGAUUUCGUGUCGAGGAAGAAGACGGACCAGAGCAAAACUCCAAAAAGCUCUUAAGUAUUCCAUUUGUCGAAGAUGCCCAACACCGUUUGCAAUGGAUUGCCCACUUGGAGUUUUCUCACAAUAAAGAGGCCAAUGAAUUGACGUGGGAGAAUGUGGGUGUAAUGUUGCCACGCACCGAAAAGUUACGGAAUAUGGUAAGAGAGGGCAUACCCCAUUCCCUAAGGCCACAAAUGUGGAUGCGACUCUCAGGGGCAUUGUCCAAGAAGCAAAAAAGUGAGACCAGCUAUCAGGAGAUUAUAAAGGCAUCGGCAAAUGACCAAUUAAUGACAUCGAAGCAAAUUGAAAAAGAUCUUUUGCGUAUCUUGCCAACUAAUGCAUGCUUUAGCAAUCCCAAUAGUACUGGUAUACCCAGACUUAGGCGGAUAUUAAGAGGUAUUGCAUGGCUUUAUCCGGAUAUUGGCUACUGCCAGGGCACGGGUGUAAUAGCCGCCUGUUUGCUUCUCUUCAUGGAGGAGGAAAAUGCAUUUUGGAUGAUGGCAACCAUUGUUGAAGAUCUCUUACCAGCCUCAUACUAUUCAUCCACAUUGUUGGGCAUUCAGGCCGAUCAGCGGGUCAUGCAAACACUUAUUGCCAAUUAUUUGUCGGCCGUUGAUGAUAGCUUGAAAAAACAUGACAUUGAACUUUCCCUCAUUACCUUGCACUGGUUCCUUACUCUGUUCGCCAAUGUUGUUCACAUGAAAAUAUUGGUUCGCAUUUGGGAUUGGUUUUUCUACGAGGGAAGUAUUGUGCUAUUUCAACUUACAUUGGGUAUGCUCAAAAUGAAAGAAAAUGAUCUGCAUAAUUUGGAAAAUUCAGCUCAAAUAUUUAACUCGCUUUCCGAUAUACCAGGCAUGAUAGAUGAUGUUGAAGUUUUGUUUAAAAUUGCCUUGGAAGUUGGUGGUUCUUUAAGCCAAACGGUGAUUGAUACACAUCGACGUCGCCACCUGGCAUAUCUAAUGGCAGAUCAAGGAGGCCUUGUGGGCAAUCCAAAUUCCCUACCCAAUUUACCAAAACAGCAUUUAGCUCGCCGACAGGUGCGUAAGUCGAAAUCAAUACUUGAGACUUUGUUAUUCCGCGGUGAUAAUGGCACGGAGGAAGUGAAAAAUAAAAAUAUCAGGCAAACCGAAAUAUUGGUAGACUUACGUGAGGCCAUACUGAAAGUAGCUCGUCACUUUAUUGCCAUAGAACCAAAGUUGGCAAAUCACAUCCAAUUAACGGCAGACUACAGUACCCAAUCGCAUGCUAAGGAUCAUGAGAAUUUUAUAAAUGUGGCACGAACGCGUAAACGAAGGGCCAAAGCAUUGCAUGAUUUCGAACGGCAUGAUGACGACGAGUUGGGCUUCAGGAAAAACGAUAUCAUAACAAUAAUUAGUCAGAAAGAUGAACACUGUUGGGUGGGAGAGUUGAAUGGUUUACGUGGUUGGUUUCCGGCUAAAUUUGUGGAGUUAUUGGAUGAACGUAGCAAACAGUAUACUUCUGCAGGAGAUGAUGCCAUAUCGGAGACCGUAACCGAUUUAGUUAGAGGUACAUUAGCCCCGGCGGUGAAGGCGUUUUUGGAACAUGGCAUGAAAAGGCCAAGCUUUUUGGGUGGUCCCAUACAUCCAUGGCUUUUUAUUGAAGAAGCCGCCUCAAGAGAGGUGGAAAAAGACUUUGAAUCGGUAUAUAGCCGCUUGGUGUUAUGUAAAACAUAUCGUUUGGAUGAGGAUGGCAAAGUAUUGACCCCCGAAGAAUUGCUAUACCGCUGUGUCCAAUCCAUUAAUCAGUCCCACGACGAGGCCCACGCCCAAAUGGAUGUCAAACUACGUUCUCUGAUUUGUUUGGGUCUCAACGAACAGGUUUUACAUUUAUGGCUGGAAGUCCUAUGCUCUUGCCAAGAUAUUGUACAAAAAUGGUACCACACCUGGUCAUUUAUCUUCUCACCAGGAUGGGUACAAAUUAAAUGUGAACUCCGUAUACUGGCACAAUUUGCCUUUAAUCUCAAUCCCGAUUGGGAAUUGCCGCCAAAGCGUGGCAAGGAAUCACAACCCCUUAAAGAUGGUGUGCGAGAUAUGUUGGUCAAACAUCAUUUAUUCUCAUGGGAUUUGUGAGAUUGUGUACAAGAAGAAAUUUAAAUGUUAAUUUGAUAGUUUUAUUUUAUCAACUCGAACGAAAGAAUGACAUUCCCGAAUUUGUUGUAGCUUUCAUGUUUUUUUUUUCUUUUUAUUUAGUUUAAAAGUUAUUUUAUUUCUAAUAAGGGUUUUAAAAGUAUAUAUUUUUUCAGAAAAGUUAUUAUUUGUUAACAUAUUGCCUGUAUCUAAAACGAAAAUAAUGUCUGAAAUAUGUAUCAAUCUACAUAAAAGAUGAAUGCUUUUACAUCUAGAAUUAUAUUUAAUUUAAAAGUUUGUUUUUUGUUGAACAUGAUUCUUCUACCACAAAAAUGUGCAUUUAUGUUAAUUUAAAAAAAAUAUUAUCAAAAACAGUCUAAAAAAUAAUCCAUGUAUUGCAGCUAGCAUACAAUAUAUAUAUAUAUGUAACGAGAGAUUUAGAUAAGCCUAUCAUAUGAAAAUCUUAUACCUUGCUUGUAAUUUUCCUUUGAAAAUGUUAUGCAGAAUUUGAAAUCUUCACUUAAGUGCUUCAACUUACUUAUAUAAUGUUGUCGUCAACCCCCCAAGUUAUUAUUUAUUUAUUAAACUACUAAAUAUAUAUAUAUAUAUAUGUACCUUUAAAAUAUGUACUUCAAAAUCAUAUUAAAAAUAAAUAUUUAUAAUAUAAGCA